GCUUAGCACGCGACCCGAGGGAGGCGGAAGGACGGGUGGGUCACGUGCACGGGAGAGCGGGCGCCGCCAUAUUGGGAAGGGCGGGCGAUACCACUCUGAGUGCACAGGAGAGGGCGGUGGACAGUGCGGGGCGGGGCUGCGACUUCGGAGAGCUGGGCAGGCACCCGCGGCCCGCGUUUUUUGCCCAGCGCACCCUUCUCCGGCGAUGAACUGUCCGGUGCGGACUGAGCCGCUGCCCGGGGAGGCCCCGCUACGGGUGCCCGGCGACCCCUACUCGGUGGUGGUUCUGCUGCGGGGCUACGCGGAACCCGAGGGUGCGGGCGGUGCAGUACGGGCGGACGGCUCGGUGACCCUCGUCCUGCCCCGGGCCUGGGCCCCGGCUGUCGGCCCGCGAUCGGCCCGGCCCGAGAGCGCGGAGGCGGAGGAGGCGCUGCGGGAGGCGGCCGGCGGCCCCAUCCUUGUGGAUACAGGGGGCCCCUGGGCUAGCGAGGCGCUGCUGGGGGCCCUGGCGGGGCAGGGCGUGGGCCCGGGCGACGUGGGGCUGGUGGUGGGCACGCACGGGCACUCGGACCACGUCGGGAACCUGGGGCUGUUCCCCCGAGCGACCCUGCUGGUGUCGCAUGACUUGUGCCUCCCCGGGGGCUGCUACCUCCCGCACGCGCUGAGCGAGGCGCGGCCCCUGCAGCUCGGACCCGGGCUCGAGGUAUGGGCCACGCCGGGCCACGGCGGCCAGCGGGACGUGAGCGUGGUGGUGGAGGGCACGGCCCUGGGCACCGUGGUGGUGGCCGGCGACGUGUUCGAGCGCCAGGGGGACGAGGAGUCGUGGCGGGCGCUGAGCGAAGACCCGGUGGCGCAGGAGCGGAGCCGCAGGAGGGUCCUGGCCGCCGCCGACGUGGUGGUUCCCGGCCAUGGGGCGCCCUUCAGGGUGAUCAGGGGAGCCGGAGACACGGACGUCGCCUCUGGGCACUGAGGAGCCAGGGGACCCCGCUUCUGCUUCAGGAACUAAGGACCAGGAGGCGCAGAGGCCGAGCAGUGCAGCGGGAGUCAGCUGAGAGCUUCAAGGUCUCCUGCAAGGACCAAGCCCUCUUCCACUCUCAUCACCAAACUGAGACCAAGGACUGGCCUGGCCCAUGUCCCCUCUUCUGGAACCUCAUUAGUAAAAUGGGGGUGUGGUUAAAAAUAAAAACUGGAAACCAUCAACCGUCCUGCUCCACAGCCACCACGGGGCGAAUCUUGCAAAUAUAGUGGGCUAGAACGGACCCUCGAUACUCUGGCCAGCUGGUUCUCUUAGGGUGCUCCAGACAGAAGGUGCCCGCCACAGCACACACCACCGAAAGCCAUGGUACAGCUGAGAGGGCAUUUGGCUUGCAUGCAGCUGACCAGUGCAAUCCCUGGCAUUCCAUAUGGUUCCCUGAGCUCUGCCCAGGAGUGAUCCCUGAGCAAUUCCAGGUGUGCCCCGUAUACACACACAACACCAUCAUCAGCCUUGUACCCCCACCCGUUCAUCAUUCCCUCAAUACCGAAGAGCCUUUCAACACCUGAAACAUUCCAGCCACUUCUAGCCAAGGAGGGUAGGACAGUGA